AAACUAACUCUGUGUAUCUCCCCGCCCUUCUCUUCAACUCCCUGUCUUGUUCAGUCCCCCGCCCCCUUUAGAUGUGUUUGCACAGAGGAGAAUGAGUGAGGAACCCGACUCCUUAAAUUGCUGUGCGCAAAAUCCACCCCUCCUCUCUCCUCCCUCCUCUCCAGCCUCCGGAUCCCGCACAGCGGUCCCUCCCUCUGUCCAGCGUUGUGGGGUUGGGGCUGGGCCUCUGUGUACUACUAAGGUGGGAAGGGGCUACCAGCAGAGGACAGUGUCAGAUGCUCAGCUCUCCCCUUCUGCCUGGCGCUCCUCUCCGGUUGCUCCAGACUUGGUCUCUGUAAGAAAGCGCAGGAGCUGUGGCAGCGGCGAGAGAGGAAGCUGCAGAAGCGAGUGGAACCCGAAAAGUCCCGGGGCUCUCGGUUACCUCACAUCGUGGUCUCCCGCAGGCCGUCAGCACCAUGGACAGCAGCGCCGUCCGCGCGAAUGCCAGCAAUUGCACAGAUCCUUUUGCCGGAUCAAGUUGCUCCCCUGCGCCUAGCCCCAGCUCCUGGGUCAACUUGUCCCACUUAGAUGGCAACUUGUCCGACCCAUGCGGUCCGAACCGCACCGAGCUGGGCGGCAGCGACAGCCUGUGCCCUCCGACCGGCAGUCCUUCCAUAAUCACGGCCAUCACCAUCAUGGCCCUCUACUCCAUCGUGUGCGUGGUGGGGCUCUUCGGAAACUUCCUGGUCAUGUAUGUGAUCAUCAGAUACACCAAGAUGAAGACUGCUACCAACAUCUAUAUUUUCAACCUUGCUCUGGCAGAUGCCCUAGCAACCAGUACCCUGCCCUUCCAGAGUGUCAACUACCUGAUGGGAACAUGGCCCUUUGGAACCAUUCUCUGCAAAAUCGUGAUCUCCAUCGAUUACUACAAUAUGUUCACCAGCAUUUUCACCCUCUGCACCAUGAGUGUGGAUCGCUACAUUGCAGUCUGUCACCCCGUCAAGGCUCUGGAUUUCCGUACUCCCCGAAAUGCCAAAAUUGUCAAUGUCUGCAACUGGAUCCUCUCUUCUGCCAUUGGUCUACCUGUGAUGUUUAUGGCAACAACAAAAUACAGGCAUGGCUCCAUAGAUUGUACCCUAACAUUCUCUCACCCGACCUGGUACUGGGAGAACCUGCUGAAGAUCUGUGUUUUUAUUUUUGCCUUCAUCAUGCCUAUCCUCAUCAUCACAGUGUGUUAUGGACUGAUGAUCUUACGCCUCAAGAGUGUUCGCAUGCUCUCAGGCUCCAAAGAAAAGGACAGAAACCUGAGAAGGAUCACCAGGAUGGUGCUGGUGGUCGUGGCUGUGUUCAUUGUCUGCUGGACUCCCAUUCACAUUUAUGUCAUCAUCAAAGCCUUGAUUACAAUUCCAGAGACUACAUUCCAGACAGUUUCUUGGCACUUCUGCAUUGCCCUAGGUUACACAAACAGCUGCCUGAACCCAGUUCUUUAUGCAUUUCUGGAUGAAAACUUCAAACGAUGCUUCAGAGAAUUCUGCAUCCCAACAUCCUCCACCAUUGAGCAACAAAACUCCACUCGAAUUCGUCAGAACACGAGAGACCACCCCUCCACGGCCAACACAGUGGACAGGACUAACCACCAGCUAGAAAAUCUGGAAGCAGAAACUGCUCCAUUGCCCUAACUGGAUCUCAUGUCAUCCAGACCCUCACUGAGCUUAGAUGCCGCCAUCUAUGUGGAAGCAGACUGCUUAAAGAACGUGUAGGAGACUACACGUUCUUUUGAGUCAUUGAAAGUCUUUCUUUUCUGGCUACUCCACCCUGCACAUUGGAGG